AUGGACACUCAUCCUAACUACGAGCUCCGACCCGUGGACCUUGAAAAUUGGUCAAUCGAUGACAUUACCAAAGCGUUCGAGGGCCUCGACACACUGCACAGAGUGGUGGAUGCAUUCUGGGGAGAAAUUGUUGCCACGAACGCACACAUCACUUACAUGUACCAUCGCAUGGGACAUGACCCCAGAGUUCCGGGCAUAUGGACGUACAGAAAUGCCCGUCUGGCAUUACUCGAAGGUCGCGACACUCCUGAAGCGAGAUGGGCCUGGGAGAACUAUGAGAAGCAAGUCAUCGAAAACGACAAUGCCAAGACCUUUAUUGCCGCCUGA